AUGGACGAACUUCUCGAAACCCAGAAUCCCGACGAAGCGCGCCCAAACAAGCGAGUGCGACUCGAGGCUCCGCUAGAAGUGACGGAACAGCUUCGAGACGAGAUGGCGGACGUGGACGAUUGGGACGAUGUUUACGGUGAGUCCGGUGAGAAGAGUGGCGAGAGCGCGGUGGCGGCAGCGGCAGCAUCUGGUACAGCAGCAGAUGCAACAAUCAAAUCGGAGGUAGACGUAGAAGCGACAUCGCAAGAGGCGACCUUUGCGCCGCCGGUGCAUGAGGCGCACGGUCAAGAGGAAGUACAACUUGUGAAGGAGGAGGUGGACGAUGGCAUCCCAGCGGAGGCUGUGUCGAAUGGCGACGAUUUUGUGUCGGCUCCUCUUCAAGAGGAGAACGCAACAGCGACUGUGCUUGCAGAGACUACUGAAAUAGUGCGCGACGCCUCCGAAUCGAAUGAGCAGCAGACUGCGAUCAAGGACGAACCCAUUUCGCAGCCGGAGCUCCCGUUCACCACCGAUGAGGCCAUCGAAGGCGCGACAUCGACAGACAUGGUCAUGGUGGAUGCCGACCAUUCGAUUCGUCCGACGCCGAGUCUUCGUCCGACGACAGCAGCUCAGACUCGGAUUCGGAUUCCGUCAACGACAGCAGCGACGAGGCUUACGAUAUGA